AUUCUCCAUUUAACGCCAAUUUUAGGCGUUUAUAGACUUUAUUUCGCGAUAAUUUGUGGCAAUGGAGCGUGGGUUAGGUAUUCGUAGAGAUGUGCGCAAAUUAAGUGCAGAGGCAUCAGAGUUCCCAACUUUGUGUGAAACAUGUCUGGGUCCGAAUCCUCUGAUUAGGAUGCUAAGGGAACGAUCUGGAAAAGAAUGUAAAAUCUGCGAGAGGCCAUUUACAAUGUUUCGCUGGAAGCCUGGUCCAAAGGCCAGAUAUAAGCAGACAAUAAUUUGUCAAAAUUGCUCAAAGGCAAAGAACCUAUGCCAAACAUGUCUAUUCGAUCUGGAAUAUGGACUUCCAGUACAGGUCCGCGAUCAAUUUAUAAAGGGAGGUAUUGAGCUCUCAGAUUCCAAGAUCAAUCUCAAUUACCAGUUAAACAAACUCGAAAAUGGGCAAAUUGAUGUAGCCGCACAAUCAGCUCCAAAUGAAAUGCUCAGUAAACUUGCCAGAACGGCUCCAUAUUAUCGCAGAAACAAGCCUCGUGUUUGCACAUUUUGGCUAAGAAAUUUGUGCAACAGAGGUGAAGAAUGUCCUUACCUUCACGAAGAUGUUGGACAUGACCCAUCCCUGUCAAAGCAGAACAUUAGGGAUAGAUUUAAAGGCGAAAACGAUCCUCUCGCACUAAAGAUUCUAAAGGGACUUGAAAAGGAAGAAAAGAAGGAAGAGGAGCAACAACUCCCAGAGGGAGUAUAUCCGUCAAUGUUGCCAAAAGAAGCAGAAAAGAGAAUGUAAAUUUUUACUUUUUUAC